AUGAUUUGCGACCGAUGGCUGAAAAGAUUCACACUGCUGGAUGUCCUAGUUGUGCAAAUCCUGCUGGUGGACGCUGGGCCUUGGGUGAAAUGUUCCAGUUGGCCAUGGCUAGCAGGCCGAGGCAGUCACCGACAAGAUGCCGAGAGCGAUGCGUUUUGUAGCUGUGAAGAGGUUGCCAAAGGAAGGUUCCAAGGAGGUGCUCUUGAAGCCUGUGCCUCCGAGGCCUCCCAGCAUGCAGUUCUGCCUGUGGCAGGGUGGGUCGUUUUCCACGUCAGCGCCGCGGGAGCAUCCGGGGAUGCCCACUGUGUUGUCCAGCGAUGUUCUGGCCAAUGCAUGCGCGCUUCCCAUGUGGGGAGCGUCCCGACAGGUGCAGAGAAUGACCACCAGCUGCGCAUUUUCGUGCCGAAAGAGCUGUGUCCUGAGGGAACUUCCAUGAUCUUUCCAGAAAUUGGUGCCUUGGGAGGUAAGGACGGGGUGCUUGCACCUGAGAUGGCUGAUCUAGAGUUCUUGCGCCUCUUUGGGCCUCUAAAGCUUCAAAGCCAAGCUCUUCACUCUGUCCGCACGGAAUGUGUGGAGAAUGCGCAUCGAGUGGUCGCCAAGGUUUGCCUGCAAGACGGAUGCGACGAGUGGAGCAAGUACUCGCUGCCCCGAUGCCAGGUGUCCUUGGGACUCCCCUUUGCUUUUGGAGAUUCUGAUUUCUUGUAUUCCCCAGCUUGCGAGCGGACCGGCCAGUACUAUUGUCCGCCUGGGCUCCCAUUGGCGCUGCGAUUCAUGUUGAAGGCCGCCAGCCGAUCAGCUACAGUCUGGGCGGCCAUGUUGGAAGGCCUGGUGCCGGCGAUCGUCUCCGCCCGCCGAACUCUCGCUGUGAUCUUGAGCGCCUCGGACAAGGGCAGCAACGUGGCACGAUGGGCGCAAGAGUGGGUGGAGCAUGAAGAGAUGCGCUUGGGCUGUGAUGCUGAUCUCACGAUGUUCUCCAUAUCGAGGAGCCUGCACAUGCUUGACGACAGUCGGAUUGGACUGCCUAUGGCGCUCUGUCCGACCUGCUGCCGCACGGCGGCUGGCCGGCUGCGCGUGGUGUUCAUGCGGGAUCCGCUGGCCAGGAUGUCAAGCUUCUUCUUCGGCUACUGGCUUCAGUACAAGGGCCACCUGCUUCCGAAAGACGAGUCGCCUGUGUUCGAGACCUGGAUUCGCCUGAUCCUCCACCCAAAUGCAUCUUCCUCUCCACUGUUCGAGGCAAGUGACCUGGACCAUGUUCGGCCAGCGUUCGUCAAGUCGCCUGCGAAAGACGAGCGUGAGGUGAUAUUUUGCAUUGAGGAUGUGGAGAAGUCCGUGCGACGUGUGGAAGAUGCGCUGUGCAGGAGUUUCCGGCAUUGCACUCCGCUGCCGAGCUUUCCGGCUGCAAAGAAGGCCAAGCGCAUGCCGCAGGUAGGAAGCGAGGUCGCCAGUCUGAUUCGCGAGCGCUAUCGCUUCGACUACGAAGCUAUGAGUUCUUGCUGA